AUGGCAGAGCACUUGAGUGAAGAACGGAUGACUAGUCAUGAAGAGACCGAGAUCUCCUGGACAGGUGAUGACUCUGAAGGUAUCACUCCUUCGUCUGUUGAAAUCGCCAUGGAACCCCAAGAAAAGGAGGAAAUAGAGAAUACAUUGUACAUUGCAUCAGAAGGGGUCAUUAUUGAAAAAUAUGUAGAAGGAUCUGAGCCACAGGGGGAAGGAACAGAAGAAGAGGGGGCAAUUAUGCCAUUUGAACAGCCGGCACAAGAUGAUGCUACUGGGGCCCCAAAUAAUGAACCUGAUCCCUCCAUGGAGAAUCCAGGUCAGGAGUCAUCUGACCAGGUCAGUGUUGAUCCUGCUCCAUCUCCCUACUUUGAUGCUGAUCCUUUUAAUAUGGUGGUGCCUGAGACAAAUCCUGAAAGUGAAGAAGGCGCAAAUGAGUUGGUGUAUGCUAGUUUCAUCAGGGCUAGUUCAGAUCCACCUCCUAAGCGACCUACUACUCGGUUACAACAAAAGGAGGCUCUAGAGUUUGCUCUCAAGAAGAGUAAAAGGAGUAGAAGAAGGAGAAGGUUGGUCAAAGAUGGAAAAGUGGUACAAGCAGAGGAUGUUCCUGUAGUGAAUGUGGAUGAGGAAACCAAAGAGGAACCUAGUUCCCUUAAAAAGUUGGCAAAAAGUUCUGGUGACAAGACAGUAAAGGAGCGUGGUGACAAGUCUGAUGAGGAAGAAGUGGAGAAAUCUGGUGAACAUAGACAGAGAAAGUCAGUGGAGAAGGAAAAUUCUGUUGGGAAGUCAGCAAAAAGAAAGAGGGAUGAUGAUGAUAAGGAACCUGGUUCCGUCAAGAAAGGAAAAGUGAGUGAAACUCUGAGGUCUGAGAAAAGGAAGCUGGGGAAUCAGAAAUGCUUUGGGGCUGCACAUUUGCCUCCGACAUUCUAG